UUUGUCCACCGGAUCAUCAUCACCCUCGUUGGAUUCCUUUGGAGAGGUCACUUCUGUUGCUUCUUCAUCGCCGUUUUCUGGUGAAACAUGAAGAAUAUUAUUUCUGCAAAGGAUCAGAAAUGGAUUCCAGUUUGUCCAAAAGUCAGGAUCAAGUCCACCCGAGACGAUCUAAAAGACUAAAACCAGAGAAAGAUGUGAGUUAUGAAGCAACUCCUAGAGGUCCUCUGAAGCGAACCAAAAGAAAGUUUGACCAAUGUUCCUCCACCAAAGUGGUCAAUGGUGAUGGAGAUUUGGAAAACGGUUUGGAAGAUGAUGAGUCCCCCAGCAAGCAGCGCCGGCAGGAUGCUGUGGGAGCAGAUGGAGAUGAAGUCAAAGAUAUUGAGAUGGAUAAGCAGGAGUCAGAUGAAGAAAUGGAGAAAAUGGAGGACCAGGAAACAAAAAGUGUUGAGGAGUCCAAACAUGUCCAAAACCUAAACGUUCCUAAAACAAUCAAAGGUACCAGUGGUGGUAGGAUUUUAUAUCCGCAUGUAGAGCUUGGUCGGCGCUGCAGACCGGGUCACAUCCCAGAAGAAAAUUCCAUCCCUUUGAACUUGAAGGAGGAGACAUUCAGCAAAACAAAAAACAAAACAGCACCUGCCCCCCCCACUAAAUCCCCCGCACAGGUCCCGGCAUCAGACGUCCGAUGGGCCGUGAAGGUCUCCAGCAUGGAGGAGUACAAGAGAAAGAUGGAGGCCAAAGCAAAGAGCUCGGAUGAUCCCAGAGUCAGCCGCUGGGUCCGGCAGCCGGAGGAGGCUCACACGAAGAGGCCACAGGCCAGAAGCAUUCCAACACGAGGAGGAAAUGCUCCUCCUCUAAACAAAGAAAAGAAGAAACCCACUGUCCUUCAGGGAAGCUUUGGAGAUUCCCGUCCAGGAUUUGCGUGGUAUUUGUGGCGUCUGACUUUCCUCGUGCUGCUCAGCUCUGCCGCCCUGCUGGCGUUCAACAUCCUUCCUGCUCUCCGACCCACAGCGAGCGGAGGAGAACCUGGACCCACGGCUGAGAAGUUGGGGACGUUUGCCGAUCAGCUGUCGCUCCUCCAGACCCGGUUUCCCAGCCAGCGGCCGGAGCUGUGGAGGAUGAGUAAGAUCCAUUUGGAGAAGCACCUGAAAACAGGCCGGCCUUCCGAGCCCGUCAGCAUGAUCUUGACCGCGGGCGUCGGGGCUGAGAGGACGCUGCUCUGCCUGGCUCGGGGCUUUGCCGCCUCUUUCUCCUCCACUCUCGACGCCUCUUUUCUCCUCAUUGAUGGAGCGAGUAAAGCGGCCCAGAACAGCGAUGCAGUGAAGCUGGACAUCGACAAGCAGCUGCAAGCAGCUUUUGAGGGGGAUCAACCCACCGCAGUCAUUCACCGCUUUGAGCAGCUGCCCCCCGGGUCUACCAUCAUAUUCUAUCGCUACUGCGACCACGAGAACGCUGCCUACAAGCGGGCGUUCCUGCUGUUCACCGUCCUCCUGCCUCAAGACGAUAUCGGGCCUGAGCUGAGUCUGAAGGAGGUGGAGGAGGCGGUGCAAAACUUUGUUCAGGAGAAACUGGUGGGCUCUGGGGGCCAAACUGCCUUCGACAAAAUGGAUAUUGACAAGUUCAGUGGGCUGUGGAGUCGCAUCUCCCACCUGGUCCUGCCGGUGGUGUCUGAGCCGGCGGCAGGACAGCAGGGAUGCCCCUGAAACGAAGCAGCGGUACUGAAAGGAAUCGCCUCAAAGACUCCACCUCAAAUGUUCCAAGGAGCUCUAAAAGUUAAGAAGCUUCUAUAUGGUUCAGGCUACUGCAAAGGGGUUAUAGCCUAUGUAAAGUUACCUUCAUAAAAAGGGAAAAAUAGAAUUGAUUUUCCUUGGAGAUGUGGUUAAAUGUUUACAUGAUUCCCUCUAAGGUUGUGUUUUAUUCUUUGAUCGUGUGACGGGGACUGAGCUGAACUGUUUUGACUGCUUUAACACAUAUAGACAAACCUGUUCCAGACCACUGGACCUUGUUGUUUUGCAGCUUGUUGCUGUGCGCUGACUGUUGGCUCUCACACCUCAAGCAUCUUCAUUUAAUUUGAGCAUAUUUUUGAUACGAGGCUCCAUCUCAUCUUUUUCUUAAGGUUCCUCUUCCUGAAGAUGUAUAUUUGUAAAGUGGUUCUCAGGUUGGGAUGCAUUUUAAAAGUUUUCUGUAUAUAUUGACAAAUGAAAGCCUUGGAUCUUUGAAGCACUUGAAUGAAAACACUGAAGAGAAUGGAAAACCUGCAGGUUAUAAUGAAGUGGAUUCAAUCUGGAAGUAAAUGUGGACUGAAUGUCAUGAAAUGUGCCUUAAAGCUAAACUGGUUUGAAACCAAAACCUGUAAAUUGUUCGUAAUCAAUUUAAUAAAUCAGACAAUAUUUCUUUA